CGGCAAGUAAAGUCUCAAGUCAGAGGACUCACUGAGCAUGAUUUGUUCUUUAGGGAGGUAAAUAAAUCUGAUUAACAAAACAUGCUUAACACUGAAAGCUGAGGAUUUUAAUUGCAUGCCCCCCGUUAUCGGUCAACUGGUAUUCAGAAAUUUGCCCUUUGAAGACCGCUUUGGUCGUUUUCGUUCUUCAGUUUAAGCUAAUCAAGUUGGUAAGCAGCAACGACAGUAUAGACCCGCUCUCCAGUGAUACCUUUUUUGGAUAUUCUGACCAAUCCUGACAGGGUUACACGCAAAGACCAAGUAACAUUUUGGGGAAAAAUCCACUGCUAAUUUCGCUAUUUACCUACUCCUCUUUUUACAUGAAAUUUGUACCUUUCCUAAAGAGUUAGCCAGCCAAAAUUCCCUGCAUAGGUAGGACGAUGAAGAGAACAACAAAACUGCAUUUAAAAACUGAAAAAGGGAAAGGGACGAAAGAAUGCAAGGAAGAAAGAUUGAAGUAAAUUCGCAAAAUAGGUCCAAAGUUUGGCUUUUUUUUUUUUUUUUUUUUGUAAUUUAAUCACUGUUUAUUUCAAUUUCUUGCCUUACAUUAAUAACAUUAAUUUUUACAUACAUUACCGACAUUACAAUUUUUUAAAAAUAAUACACAAAUAACUCACACACACACGCACAGCACACACGACACACAACGACAGUAUCAAUACUACUAAUCCUUAACAGGUAUUUAGCGGGAAUUGUGUACCAGCUAUCAAGAGUGCUUGCCAUUUCGAUAAAUGAAAAGACAUUUUAUUCUUCCAUAUGGCAAUGAUAGUUUCUAAUUGAUAAACGUUAUUGAGUCUUGCCAAGAAAACCCGUAAACAAGGGUUUGUUUUCGUGCAACUGCUUACCAACUAGCAAAAUAUGAUUAAUAAAUAAAUUGUCUUUAUGUACCUUUAUCCCAAAUAACAUAUCUUUAGCAGAGAGAUGGUUAAUAACCAACCCCCGAUUGCUACACCAUUUAAUAACUUCUGCCCAAAAACUCUGAGUAAUCAGGCAAGAGACAAAAAGGUGUUCAAGGGAUUCAUCCGCCCCAUCGCACAGAGAACAUCGUGGUGAUGAAGAAAUACCAAUUUUGUUUAAAAAAUCGUUGGUGGCCAGAUAUCUGUGUAACAAUUUAUAUUGAAAUUCACGUGACUUAGUGUCAAGGGCAACCUGGUAGGGUAAGCUGUAAAUAUCUUUCCAGUUUAAAUCAUCAUUUUCAAAAAAUUCAACAUAUUUCUUUUGCGCAGUUGGUUGAACAAUUUCUCCGUCUCUAAUUUCUUUAUAGAUGCCUUUUGAGUUAGCAUUACUUACUAAAACGUCUUUACCAGAUAAAAACAACUGAGUCUGCUCGUGAAGAUCGAGAGAAACAAGGCGAUCAUAUCCAUAACUCUUCAACGCAUGACGCCAGUCCUUCGGGAGUGCGUCGAUCACUGAAAAAAGUUGAAAUGCGUCCAAUGGGGAUAAAUUUAACUCCCUUAGCUUGCUCGUUAUGAUUUCAUUGUUUUCAGCAAUAAGAUCCCCUAUUCUUACAAUUCCUUUAUCUACUAAUCUUUUGUUGAAAACGGUUUUACCACCAAUUAAGAUAUAACAAUUAUUCCACAGAAUGAUCUUUGAAAUAUCCACUGCAUUAAUAUUGUCUAGACUAACCUUGUUUGCUGCGGAGCAGCAUUCCUCAUAAAAACCCGGAAGCUUAAGGCAGCUUUUUUACAUCGAAGUUGCACCCAAGGAUAAAUUUGCCACCUAUUGGUUUUAGGUAAUGAAGAAGAAGAAUUUUCCAGCUACUAAGGUCUUCACGCGCGAGUUUUUUACAGCAUAAUAUUCUUUGAGUUUUAAUAAUAGAAUCCAAGUGUGGAGCUUUCAAUCCUCCAUCUUCAAUGUCCCCAACGAGCACACGACGUUUCACUUUGUCUUUACCUUUCCAGAUAAAGUCAAAUAUGAUUUUGUUUACUUCAUUUACAAAUUCCUUCUCCAUACAAAUUAAGCUAGCACGGUAUAAGAAAGUGGGGAUAGUAAAUGUUUUGACCAGUUGAAUUCUACCAAUGAUAGUAAGAUCCUUCCAUUUCCAAAUUCUUAACUUAUCCUUAAUGGUUUUUGUAAUUUCAUCGUAAUUAAGUUUGCGUCUGAGACGGCGAUCAUACGUGAAAUGUACCCCUAAACCAUUGUUUGAAACACAGCUAGAAAUAUUAUUAUAAAAAGUGUGAAUCCACUGGAUAAAAGAAGAGCCAAAACGAGCAGCAGAUAGGGUACGAAACAGAAAUUCUCUGCUUGCAGAAUCAAAAGCCUUUUUGAAAUCUAUAGCUAUCAAUCUUUCGUUGAUUUUAAAUCUCUCAGUGUACUCUAAGAUGUCUUCUACUGUUCUAACCGUUCGCUCAUGCGUGAAAACAAAACAGCUGCUUAAUUACAUCGAUUAGUGGGAAAAAAUGCCCUUAUUGUGCAGAACAAAAAAGAGGAAUUUGUGAAAACGCGGUUUUUUCGCUACUUAACCUGCGUAGUAGGCGCUUGGAAGUAUUAAAUCGCUAUUCGCUGGCCGCCACCAAAGAGUUCGCCGCACGGACCAUGGAAAACCAUGAAAAACCUGACAGUCAUGAAAUUUAAAAAUUUCAUUUGCCCGCCAGUCCUGGGUAGCCUGCGUCGCAGACGUAAUUUAAACCCUGUUAGUGACGUCUGCGAAGCAGCGCCGAUGCAGUUGUCUCUUUCGUAAACGGUCGCUGCCAUUUUUACGACACUUAGAAAAUUUUGGACCGGUUAUUGAGAGUAUUUCUAUGAAAAAGAAACAAAAUCGCAACCCAGGGUCAAACCAGGCCUUGAACCCUUACCCUUCGUAUCCUAACCUCUUACCAAUACAAUACCACACCAAUCCGCCAAAAUUCCGAAAAAUUUAAGUAAAUACACUAACAAACUGUCUUUCUUAACUGUUUCGUAAAUUGUAACGAAAAUUCAACUUAGGCCCCAACGUCGUUCUUUCUAACACUAUUCGAAAACGCACUUUUUUGCCUUUUUGUAACUUAAUCCUGGGAAUAUAUUACACCUGUCAUGACUAAAGCCUUGGUUACUAAAGGAGGCAUCGGCCAUUAAUAAUGGCAAAGACAGUUUACGAAAGGGAAAUAGGCAGCGCCAAUAUCCUUGGUCUGGGCUCCCAAGGGACUCAACGAAUUACCGGAAUUGCGUUUCGAAUCUCCUUUCAACAUGAUUGGCAAAUCAACAAUGGCUUUUUUAACUGACCAAUCAUUGGCGGGUAUUCAAAUCCUGGUACACGGGUGGGUGCCUAGAAUAAGGAUUUCGGCGCUGUUCCGUAGAUGGACUUAACCAUUAACCGUCCCAUUAACCAGAGUUUAGUAUCGUCUGUGGCGCAGGAUAGGCCUGCAAGGUCUUGGAAUUUAAUUGUCGGUCCUGGAAAGUCAUGGAAAAUUAAAGUGUGUUAGAUUAGUUUUUGCAGAUGUCAAAGCUAGGACAACGUAAGAUAGUGACGAGUAAUGAAACUGCGCGAACGGCAAGCAUUUUGGUGGACACCAGAGUUUGUGUCUGUUGAAUUGACUUACGUAAAGAGAAUACCCUAAACCAAGGCAAGUUUUGAAAAUUUUCGAAAGUGACAGCUAAACAUAACUUUAAGGUCGUAGAAACACAGCACGAACCCUGUUAAAGACGUUUAUUUAAAAUCUUGUAACAAAAGUGAAUUUCCUCCCCUAGGUUUCUAGAAUAUCUGAUAUCUUCCAAUGUCUGUUGGAUUAUGAAGAGGAAAUGUUUGAAAAGCGGAAGACGCCUUCUCUUUUCCUGGAAACAAUUUUAGCAGUUAAUACAAUUAUGCAGGUAAGCUUAAAAAUACUUACUGAUGCUGGUGACCAAAAACGUAAAUGAAAGGUCAGAAGUAAAAAAUAAAACCAGGCAAAUAAUUAUUGUUACAGCUACGAAAACGUGAGUAACCUGGCCCCAGUUGUUCAAACAUUGGAUAGCGCUAUCCACCGGAUAAAUCACUAUCCAGCAGACAAGUAUUAAGGAAACGAAUGGGCCCUUUUCACGAAACGGUCACAUGGUGCAAAAAACACCUUGCUGGAUGGCAAGCGACGUAGAGGGGCAAGAAAAACAGAGAUUACUUCAUUCAAAAAGCUAAUAUCCUUUCUUUUCAAGGUUCUACUGCAUCGUUUGCCAUCCAGCAAGGUGUUUUUUAUACCAUGUGACCGUAUCGCGCAAAGUGCCCAUUAAGCUAUCCAAAGAGUAGCGUUAUCAACCUUUUAACAAUUGAGGCCUGGUUUUCAUACAAUUGCUGCAACCGGCAAUGCAACGGGUUAGAUCGCUGAAAAUAAACUCAGUGAUCGCAUACAACGAUUGUAGCCGUCGUAACACUGGUCUCCACGAGGGACCUCCUCUUUCUCGUAGAUCAUAUGAAAACCAGUUCUUACGUGUAUCCGCCUAGGAAAUGUUGCAAGAAGCCUGGCACUACCGACAGACAAAUUCCACAUUGUAUCAGCCAACCAACCAAUCAGAAGAAUUGAAAAUCGAGGUGGUACCAUGGACUGGUAAGGUUAUAGCUGUUUAUUUGGGUGGAGACUAAGGUAUUGAUCUUGUCUUUGUAAGUUAUUGAAUUCUGACUGUACUUCAUCUAUAGCCACAGCAGGACCAAGUGGAAUGAGAUCAUUGCUCUUGAAACAGGUGAGCUACCGCUCCAGGUUGUAUGGGUUAGAAAGGGCGCUGUACUUUUGGUUAUUGAUUUUAGUUUUACUAGGGUAUAUUUUAUGUGUGUGUGUUAUAUUAUAAAUUCUAGUCUUUUUCGCUCACUGAUCUCGUGGUUUCCUUGUGCUUUUGAUCGUCGUGGUUCUUCUGGUUGAUCUGGUGUUCUGGUUCUUGUGGUUCUCUGCAUGGUAAUUCUGGUCCGGCUUGAGUACCUGUAACUCUUUCUGCUGUCAGCUGUGGCUGUUACACCGGGGAUAAGCCUUGUAAUGAUCACACACUAUAGUUGUUGACAGACGUGCUCUUCCUUCAGUUCUAUUUGUGACUUGUGACCAUCAAGUCAUAAUAAAGCAAAGAGUUAAAUUCUGUUGUCCCUGCUUUCGAGGGAUAUUCUUACUUUCAGAGGGUUCUCAUUCUGGGAUUUAAUAGCAGAACUCAAUUUUAAUGUUACUUUUGGGACUUAACGGUAUACUCUUACAUAUCAACUAUGUUUUUUCCCUCUACCUUUACCCUGGCUGAUUGUAGCUUGCUGCACAUGUUUAAAACGCAUUGCUAACUGAAUUUUAUAUUCGCAAUUUUAGCUGGCAUUUACGACUGAGAGAGGAGUUUCAGAGGCUGAUCAGCGGGUUUGUCUUGUUAAGUCUUUACAGUCUCAGUGUACAUCUUGAUAACUGCACAUUGUGUUUCCCAAAUAGGCCAUUUGCACGAUGACGUCUUUUUACUACUAAGACUAGAAUUCAUUUCGUUUUUUCUUUCAUAUUUAAAUUUGGUAGUCCCAGUGAGGCUUACUUAACAAAAGCCCUAAUUUGCACAAGAAAGCAAAACCCUGAAGGAUUCUGGUAGUUGUAGUAAAAUGACGCCAUCGUGUAAAUGUCUUAUUAACGCAGUGUUUCGCCGACUUGGAGCUUCUUAGCUUUUUCCAGACCUUCAGGUUGUGGCGAUGGCGCAAAGCGAUGUUAGCAGGAAAAACAGCUAGGGGUUGGGGUGGGGAGUCUCCCUCUUUUCCUCCUUAUUUUUUUCCCUGCUCUCUAUCUUCGCGCCACUCUGUACUAUCUGAACGCCUUAAAAAUGCUAGGAGUUUCUAUGCCACAUACUUGGCAUAGUUGUGUUUGGCUAAUAUUGAGUUGUAAUUCAGUAGACUUUCUACAUACUGGUCACCGUCCGGAAGCCACUUGGGUAGGUGACCAGGAUAAUAUUUUAUUGCCUUGUGGUAUAAAUGGGUUUACAGAAAGGCCGCAUCCAACUCAGAGCGACUUCCAUCAGUUCGUAUACUUAAUGAAACUUUUUAAGAGCCAUCGUGUCCAAACCAGUGCACGUCAUUUUUAUAAUGAGCUUAUUGAUGAGUUUGACAGGUUUGACCAGUCAACCCACAACGACUUUGACAGCAACAGUGGUAUUAUUUAUUCACAUCGUUUGUAUUUUGUUCUAGAACUUGUCACUUCUUGUUCAACAUAUGGUUGAUUUAGCAGAUGUUUUGUUAGAUGGUUAUGUAAAGCAGCUCCAAUCAUUGAGGUAGGUAUCUUAUCGUUUGUAGCGACUCCGUGGACUGUUACUUUGAUUUGAUUGCUUGUUGUGAAUGUAUUGAACCUAUAAGUAAGAGGAAUAUGAUCGUCCGGGUGAGUGUUGUCCUGAAUAGGACUGUUGUUGAUAGUGACAGAUGUUUCGAUAACCGGUGCAGUAGUCAUCUUCAGAGUCAAGGUGAGUUGUAUCACGUACGUCAGUUGAUGGUAUUGAACUCUGGUUAUUGACGUGAUUGGUUGAUUAAGUCGCGAUGUUAUUAGUCGUUUGCCAGUUCAGCUGUGAUAUUAUUGGCUAUAUAGACUCAAAAUGUGAGUGGUGCGUUUUGAUCUGUCUUUUGGGUAUAAAAAUAAUAGUCUUAUUAUUCAUAUAUUCGUAUUAUGCAUCUAAGCAUAUAGAAAAAAACAGUCGCAUUAUUUCUGCAAUUCACUUUAUCUUCAUGUUUCACUCCUUUUACGGGUCAAGAUAAACUCAACAAUUUGGCCUGCUCCCAAUGUGUUGGUCUUCAUUACUGCGACGAUCAUAUCUUCAUUUAAAAAUUUAGUCAAAUUAUCGGUUUGUCCAGUCACAAUUACCGGUAAUUGUUGGCUUCUGUUCAGGUCAAUAUCCUGAGUUUGAUACCAUCCAUUGAAGAGAUGCAACUAAUUUUGUCUCUGAAGAAGACUACCGCACAGGUUGUCGAAACGUCAGUCAUUGUGAACAACAGACCAAUUCAGGACUACACCCACUCGGACGAUCAUAUUCCUUAUACUCAUGACUGUUUACUAUUAAAUAUAUGACAUUUUUUGUGGCCGCAGGAACUGUCCUGGUAAAGAAAACCGUUAUGAUGAAGUGAGGCAGAAGUAUGAACAAGACAGACGCACUGUUAUUCUACCACUAGGUACUGUGCAUCUAAGCAUAAUGAUAUAAUGCUAAUAACAGCAAAGUCGCCGGACCUGUUUUAGACUUGUUUUACCUUCAGCUAGCAAACUGGAUAUGCUACCGAGCCUCUAUCUACAAUAUGACUUAGGUCAUGUCCUCUUGGAAAAAACCGGUUGUGGUUUGUUUAGUGAAUCAACAUUUUCAACCAGCCUAUAAAUUAGUUGAAGUGCUUGAAAAGGAUGGGUAGCGGCCGCUGAUCGGUUGAGAGGUGUCGAUGAAAAACCUGUCAACACACAAUAAUGGCGAUCUUUGUGAACCUUUCAAAGCACUUUAUUCAAAAAGAACCAAAACAAAACUUGAAAAGGAUCGAUGUUUUAAAACUUUAAGUAUAACCACUACAGCAUAGAUUUAAAUAUGGUUUAUAAUCCGAAGGCCAAGUAGUAUUUUAUUAUCCAGUCCAGGGUCCUUGGAGGUCUUUGGUUUUUUACUUCAAUUAUAGUCACUAUGAAAGUUGAAUGAGUGACAGUGCAGGUCGUGCAAAAGACUGCGAAUACCUGAUCCGUUUAGCGAAGAGAGACGACUGUAUUCGCAGGCUAGUGACACACAGUCUUCUUCACAGAAAUCUGAUUCUAAGAAGUUCCAUUGCAAGAAAAAAACCUGUUUCUACGACUCCUCUUCCUUAUCCUGUAUCCCUGACACCGCUAACGGCCGUAAGAACCACUUUUUUAUACAGGUCAUCCAAUAAAUCGUGCAUAUCAUUCUCAUAAUAACCUGUAAUGCAAAUGCCAGGUCUUCUCCGUUCCCAAAAAUGAUUCUGCUACAUAUACCUGUUCAUCGAAAUCGGCUAAUAGCACUUACCGAGACCUUGAUUAUUUCGGAUAUUACAUAACCAAAUCUAAUAAGCGUUUUAUUUUUCCUUGUUUGGAAGAAAGUAACAACGACGAGGCCGUCGCACGGAACACAGUUCGACAUUGUUCUUGGGAAUCUAGCAUUGCGCGCGCAACCUAUAGUAACUGACUAAAUGAUUUGCGCUGAUUUCCAAAAUUAAUUUUAAGUUCUUAGCCUCUGAGAAGACAGAUAUUGCAAUGUAUAAUAAUACAAGUUGUGGUCUUCUCCUCAGUCCAUCUAGAGCAGCGGACUCAUGCGACUUCCCUGGCUGAGAAGUACCAUGACUUUGGAGUUUUGAUUGAACUCUGUGAAUCAGCUGGUGACCAAGACACCUUACAGCGAUAUAUGACGCAGUUUACUCAGCAGGUAAAACCAUUAUUUAGCAAUUAAAGAAUUCGGCUUUCGUAGGAUAUGAAGAAUUAAGCAGAUCGAGGAGGGUGAUAACACCCUCCGAGAUCUGCUUAAUUCUUCAUAUCCUACGAAAGCCGAAUUCAUUAACAGAAACUGUUUUAUUAUUCAUUCAAAAUAAUUCCUAGUUUAAAAACAUAGCUAAAACAUGCUUACCUGCAUCGAUGUUAAGUUCAUCUUCGAUAGUGUACGUUUAGGUUUUUUCAGCUCCGCAAAUAUUGUCCAAAUAGCAGAUGUCGCCCUCCGAGUUGUCUUCUUUCUGUUUUUGCCAUGUUUUUAGCUAUUAUUUCGCCUAGUUCCAGCUGUAGUUCUUACUCUUGAAACGACUGAAAUGACCGCCAUUUUUAACGGUGCCUUAACCUGUAGCGGGCUGCAUUUUUGUUUAAACACAAAAUUCUUCCAAAUUUGAUCAUUAGAAACUGGUUAUGGUGAAUUAUGCGUGUGCUUUUAGCCAAUCAGAAUUGGGAAAUAUUUUGAAUGAAUAAUUAACAAUUAUUCUUUGAAAUCGAGGUGAGUAGUGGCAAAUAUGUGCCGUGCAACGAAGUGGCGAGGUAGAUAUUCCUAAAGCCACUAUUCACCGAGAUUGAAAAGAAUAAUUGUUUUAGUAUAUACACACGAAGUGAUCUCAACAAAAUCGGAGAGGAAACCAUUAAAAAGUACGAUUUGAUUGACAGAUCAGGUCAGCUAGACAGGCGACAGUUUAAAAAUAGAUCUUUGUAGAAUUUUCAAACAUAGCAAUUCACAAGCUUAUCACUUCGCAAACAACAGCGUAAUGACUUAAAUGGAACCGCUAAAAGUUUGAAUUGUUUCCUUACCUGAGAAGAAAUGAAGAGCUUUGUUGUUUUCUGUUGACUCGCCAAGUUUAUAGCCGCAUGAAGUGCUGACAAAAAUGGCGAUUCCGUUCCUUGAGGUAAGACGUCGUCUUCAUGUAGCAUUCCUUCUCGUGUUUACUUGAAACGUAGAAUUUCUGCAAACAUUUGCUUUCAAAUUUGUUUUUCAUAAAUAAACUUCGUCUUUGGGUCAAAUUUUUCUUGUUAGGAAACGCUGAGUUCACCAAACGGCCUCCUCUAGGCGAACAAACGGGAGUUGUAAACAAUCCAUCGACCACAAAACUGGAAACGCCGUUUUGAAUCCUUCGAAGUCUUUUCUUGCCUGAAAAAAAGUCAACCCUAGGAUUUUGUCGACUUUUAAAAGAUCUUUCUCUAAGAAAAUAGGAAAAAAACCGAACUCACACAUUAUCCACUCGCUGGGAGAUAAAUAUUGUUGAAUAGUCCGAGAUAGCGAACCAUUCAGAUUGCUUAAAUCACCAAGAUCACUGGGUGUGUAUAUACUAAUAAUGUAUAAUAAAAUAUUUCUAAUUGGAACCAUGACCGCUAGUUUUGAACAUUUCGACGUCAUUUCUAUAGUCUAGUAACCUUGAAGGUUGCUAAUGUCCAUUUCCCGGGAGAGACAAAGAGACCAUAGUUCUCGACCAAUCUUCGGGCUCUUCAAUCCCUAACACUUUUACUUUGUUGACUUUUAUUUGUGAUCAAUCUGACCAUAGUUAAUAAAGUGGAGUCGUUAUGAAACCCGUUAAGGCCGAUGAAGACGGUACGAUUUUUGUUUACGACUAUCGUGCGCGAAUAACAUACGUCAUGACUUUUGACCAUCCACACGCGCACAAUUUUCACUUACGAAAUCCACACAUGUCGUACGGAUGUCGUGGGUCCAAUUUACCAGACACGAUCUGACGUGAAGUCAUGACGUAUGCUAGUCGCGCACGAUAGUCGUAAGUAAAAAUCGUACCGUCUAAAUCGGCCUUUAGACUCUGGUGUUAUAUGUUUUUGUUAGCUUUUUUAGACUCGACCGUGCACAACGUUAAAAAGCAUUUCUAUCAUUUGAACUUAUUGACCAACAGAAACAUCGCCUUAAUCACAAUUUGUGAACAAAAAACAAAGAGAGCGGCUAACAUAAACUGCAGCACCGUUGUUUUAAUCUUUGAUCUUUGCCGGCUUUCAUAACCAGUGUCCUCUACUAACUAUGAUCAGGCGGUCAGGCUAGCAUCAAUUUGUUUUAUUAGUUAUUUGUUCUGUAUUUGUUAUGCCGCAUUUGAAUAAUAAUUUAUUAAGCAGACAGAAAGCAAAGUAACGUUUUAAAACAUUUAAAAGGUAAGCUUUUUGAUCCCUUCAUAAUUUGGUUCGUUUGAACAGCCAUUGGACUGACGAAAUAUGGUAGUUUAUUUUGUUUUCCAUGUUUGUUGUUUGUAUGUUGUCAUGUACGUAGCAGAUAAUUAAAAAUAUUAUUACUUUUUGCUUCAGAGUUUUUCAGACUAUCUAUUUAAGUGGUACAUGGACAAAGGUAUCUAACAAUAAGAUAGAAAACAUACGAUAACUAGCCUGUUGUGAUUAAUUUUACCUUGAAAAUGGCAAUUCUUUUUUAUUUAUAAACGUUUUUUUUUUACAUUUUCUCUCCUAUCUCUUAAAAGUAGGUAGUUCACCUUUUAUUUAAGAAGUAGAACUUUUUUUGUCAUGCCAUCUUUUGGAAACGUUUCAGCAAGUGUAGUAUGGGUACCACAUCAUCUUGGUUGGUAAAUAUUUUACUUACACCCCGCCUAGGCUCAAUUACCAGCCGCUGAUCGGGGAAUGAGGCCGCUCGGGGAAAAAAAAAGACAGGACCCGAGAGAGCGGGCAAAAAUCGAGCUUACCCCCCCCGCUAGUUCCCCCGACGUACGACACCAAAGUGCAUUUUCCCCCUCUUACAAAUGGUUAGACUUAACUAUUUUUCUUCCUUAAUUAUUCUUAUGCAUAGCAUAACAUUAUCCUGGCAGCAGCGGGUUAAAUCACGUGAGUAUAACACUAGUAAUGUAUUUGAUGUUUAGGAGAACGGCAAAAGCUGAUGAGCAUCCCUGAACCACAACACCAGGAUUUAUCGCGUUUUCUGUCUUCUCAUCAUCACCUCAGUUGGCUGCAUGAAAUUAAUAUCAAGUCUUUCUAUCAGGUAAUAUUAGAACAGUAAGCCGCCAUUAUAUACGUCAUGGAAAUUUGAUCGCACAAUACAUGCACAACUUUUCCUUUUUCUCCUCAGGCACAUGAAACACUAAAAAAUCUAGCUGUUGAGGAAGCUUCCUACUUAGGAAAGAAAAAGGUUAUACAUAAUUGCUUCAAACGCUAUAAAGUAUUUAUUAUCAUCAUUGCUAUCACUAGUAUUAUUAUUAUCAUUGUUGUUGUUGUCGCAUUAAUAUUUUCUAUUUUUUUAAAUACAGUACAACAGACUAUAUGAUUAAUACUUACCUUGUUUUUAUUUUUGGUUUUUGGACAGACACUUUUGAGUCUCAGCAAGUUGGCUCUUUUAGCGUCAGAGCAAACUGAUGAAUCCAAGCUGGAAGGCAAGUGGUACUUAGUAAACGAGACUGUUGUUCCGUGUUCAAUUUGUGGAACCAACGCCCGCUCGUGGGUUCUAUCAUGAAUACGAUUGUAGUCAGAGGAAUUAAAAUUUGGUCCAUAAACCAGAAUGGCCCCUAGACAUAAAAACAACUGAAACGGUAUACUGUAUAUGUUCUUCCUAUCUCUGACUUAAGUACUAGUGAUUGUGUAAAACGACGUGAGCAAGAACGAAACUGUGCUUUCCCCUCUAACACUCAACAGCAUAAAGAAAACUAUAAUUCUGGUGUGUUAUAUACCGUAAAAUCUCCGAAAAUAUAAAGCCCCUCCAAAUAUAAGCCCCCCAAACCGCUAUCCAAAUAUAAGGCCCCCGGGGGGGCUUGUACUUAGAAAAUUGCCCUCAAAUACAAAGUAAAACAAAGUAAAAACGGUAAAUUUACUUCCAACUAUAAGGCUAGCCCAAUCGAUUUUGAAACGAAAAUAAGCCCCUCCGAAUUUAAGCCCCUCUAAAAGGGCCUCUGAAGAAUAUAAACCCCAGGGCUCGUUUUCGGAAUUUUACGGUACCCUUUCCCUUCUUUAGUAAGUUUACUCAAGCAGCAGUGAAACUUCAGUUCGUGUAGUGUGGUAAAGUAAUGAAACGUUUUUUAUUUAGAGAUCGUAACAGAGCAGGACAUCAUACUACAUCAGGAAACACUUCCAUCUGCAGUUUUACAGGUGAACAAAGUGGUUAUAAUUAUAAGUUUACUCUAAAAGGGGCUCAUUAGAGCUGAGAUUUUCCAGUUUAUCCGUUUUAGUUUCAAAAACAUGGAUGUUGUUAUGGUGGGCGCACUCCUUUCCAACGAAUAAUGUUCUUACAGAGGCAUUCUUGACGAGGCCAAGUAUAGACUGGAGGGGAUCUGCAGCAUUCAGGACAAUGCUGUGUAAAAAAUAUUUUUGUUGUUUAAAACGAGAAAGAUAUCAUACAGUAACCCGCAAAAGUAACAAGCUAUUUGAGAGAAGGAAAAAUCCCUUUAAAUCUCAUUGUAUUGAAGCCAUAGAGAGAUAAAAUGUGUUACAAAAACUCAUAAAGAAAAAACAAAUUGAAGAAAUAAACAUUAAAAUGUUUAAUGAGUGUGCUAAAGACACGGCUAAACUAUAUGUCCAGUUUUUUACACCAAAAUAACCCCAAAUCUAAAUAUUAGUGCAAGAAUGAGUUGAUCGAUAUCAGAGAUUUUGAAGCCUUGAGUUUUUAAACCUGAUAAUACCCUCCCGCUCGUCUAUUAAACAGUACUUAACAUGUAUAGCAGGGACCUUGGACAGAUACCAUAGCCUCCGUCAUUGAUGUUCAAUUAAUAUGCAAUAAUUCACCUUGCUGUAAUGAGCUAAAAGGACGCCCGGCCUUACGCCGAGGCAUCAUUAGCCUCAACAAUCAAACCAAGCAGUGCAGCCUCAAGGAAUUGGCACUUUAUGCUAAAUUUUUUAAAUUACAAACUCUCAUUUUUUUAUUAAUGUAAUUUUUCAUUCAAAAAGUUAUCGCCUAGGGACAGCUUUUAAAUUCAUAGAUCAUAGACAGUAAGGAAAAGUAACUUGUCCUUUUUAAAACUGAGUUUUUUUUAUUUCCUUUAGCAAGCUGGUAUGGAUGUUGACUGCAUGGCCCCUCUUUCUCCUACUCAUCUUAUUGAGGUAAAAUCUCGCUGGUUCUGUUUGUAUCGUCCAAAUUUAUAAUGCAGUAAUUUUCUAUAUUUAUGUCAGUCAAUCUGUCGGUUAGUGAGUAGGUAUGCUAUCCUGAUAUCAAAACCAUCCAAAAUAUUAUAAAGAUCAUUUUAACAGUAGGCUCCGGCCUACGUGCCGCAUGGCCCCUUCGCCGCUCACAUCCACUAAAGUUUAUUCCACUUCAAGCAUUGUGCGACCCGUAUAAAUUCAGGUUUUGGCCUAGCGCGACCAAUGAUUAAAAUAACUUACUUGAAACAAAUAGCAACUUUGGACACCUUUUUCACAGUUUUCACAGGCUUUGCAGUACACGAACCUGCGUCAUACUUUACAUGGCCGUUUAAAAUGUGUACCGCGGCGGUCUUCAUUGUGCUCACCAAAGAGCUACAUAUUACUCCUGGCUGAAGAACCUAUAUUUAGAACCAGUGGUUUAUUGCAUUAUUGAAGGCACUAAUUUGAUCUUUUUCCAAAAUGUGGUCAGAUUAACAUUAGAGACCUUUAGAUUAGUGCACGCGCGUGAACUAGCAACAUUUUGGCAGGAAAACGCGAUAGUCGUCGUUAUUUUACCUGGGACUACUACAGGUUUUAGCGAGAAUAAUGAACUUAAGCGAUGGAGCGUUUUCACCUGACGUUGUUCUGUCGCACUUUAUAAUAAAAUUGUCGCACUUUGUGAUACCUGUCGCACUUUGUAAUAAAAGAGCUGUCGCACUUAGUAAUAACACCUUUCGAACUUUGUAAUAAACUUGAAAAAUAUGGUCGGAGGACAAGUAUCAUCAUCGGCGACAACAAGAAACAACAUGCAACAACAACACCAACAAUAAUAAUAAUAAUAAUUUUAAUAACAACAUUCCACUGAACGGUUUUCAGCACCAAUUUCUCAAGUGGGGGCGGAGGAAAGUACUCACAUCAACUGCGUCCUUCCGGCUUCAAGGUCUUUGUAGGAAAGUACAACUAUUUCUAUGCGGACGACAUCGGGACCAUGAGAUAGUGUCCAUAACAGCUAGAGUCCGCAUUGAUGGGAUUUUGUAUUGGAAUUUAGCUGCUAUCUGUAUUAACGGGUUUUCCAUAAAAGUAAGGUGUCCUUGACUGCUUUAGAAGUAGCAGGGGCAACGAAGAAAUCCGGUUUCAUUACCUGCGAGGACAUGACCAGAGAUAUGAGAUUUUAGUGUUUAUUGCCAUGAUUAAGCGCUAUCACAAUACCGUAAAAUUCCGAAAAUAAGCCCCCGGGGAGCUUAUAUUUGGAGGGGCGAUUGAACGGAGGACUUUUUGCGUUACGAGUUUAGGGGGCUUAUACACGGAGGGGCUUAUUUUCGGAAUUUUACGGUAUUUCAUAGGAUCAAAAAAAACAGAAACAUCGAACACAACACGGUGCCAAAAUCAUUAUCAUCAUCAGACAAUCAUAAUCAUCAUCAUCAUCAUCAUCAUCAUCAUCAUCAUUCUUAAUCCUGUCAUUAUCGCACUAUUGCAUAUCGUUUGCUCACGUCAUUGACUGCUAAAAUUUUGUGGAAAUUCUGAAUGCGCUAGAGCCAACAUGAAACGAAAUAGAUUCAUAAUAAUCAGAAAAUGCGACAUCUCAAAGUGUGGCCCAGCUAAGAUAACCAAAAGUAAAAAAAAUCCAAACAUGAAAAGCAAGUCUUAAGUACAAUGAUACUAACAAAAGAUCUCAGGCUCGAACGUUUAUGCUCAAGUUUCAUCUUCUAUGUAAGUUGUAACUAAGCAUUUUUCGCCUUUUGCUGCCACACGUUCUUUUUCUCUAGCUAAAUAUUGAGGUGUCUUUGCUUAGAGCUUUGAAGUAUGUUACUUGUUUCGCCAAGAUAUGUCGGUGAUAAUAAACCAACACAGUACCAUUCAAGCAUUCGCCCAUUGUUAAUUUGAGAUUAUUCGCCGUAAUUCAAACACGACACCACUUGAAGGCCCAAACAUUCUUAUGAGUAUAUUUUUAACGCUGACAUUUCCUGCUACCCCGCCACAGGAGAAGUAAAUACGCAGCAGAAUCUGAAAGGCCAUCCUAUAGGUCACGAAAACGAGUAUUAACUUGACAUCUGUGGGUAGGCCAUGAAAAGGUUCCAGAUCCUUCUUUAACAAUGAAUGACGUCAUUGUUUAAGAUAAUUAAAUGUGUUUGCCAACUUCUUGAUUUUGUCAGACACCUUACUAUUUUAGUAUUUUUCGCAUCGAAGGAAAAAUUACGGAAUUGGAUUUUACCAACAAAUUCAACAACAUAACUUCAUAAUGACAUCAAAUUACUUCAUUGUGUCAAAUCAAUGCCUAGAUGGUCGGGAAAUAAAUAGUAGAUUAUUUUGUGUUAUUGUGGUGGCCGUUUUAUGAGUGGCCCUUUAAUAAUCAUCAUGAAACAUCCUCAAUAAUAAUAACAAUUAACAAUUAUUACUGUUAUUGUUAUUAUUAUAAUUGUUGCUGUUGUUGUUGUCGAUGAUGAUACUUAUUAUUGGGUUUACUUGUCCUCCGACGAUAUUUUUGAAGUGUAUUACAAGGUGGGACAAAUGUCAUUACAAAGUGCGACAAGUGUCAUUACAAAGUGCAACAAGUGUUGUUAGAAAGUGCGACAAGUGUUAUUACAAAGUGCGACAAUUAAGUGUUUUUACAAAGUGCGACAAGUGUCAUUACAAAGUGCGACAAGUGUCAUUACAAAGUGCAACAAGUGUUAUUACAAAGUGCGACAAGUGUUAUUACAAAGUGCGACAAGUGUUAUUACAAAGUGCAACAAGUGUUAUUACAAAGUGCGACAAGUGUUACUACAAAGUGCGACAAGUGUUAUUACAAAGUGCGACAGGUAUUAAAAAGUGCAACAGAAGAGACGUCACGGCGGUCAUGUUGGUGUUCCAAACCAAUCCUGUGUAGUGGAAGUUGAAUUUCUUUCUUAUGUAAACGCUUUUUUUGUUCCAAUAAGUUUGCAGAGAUGCUGGCCAAGUGAGCGAAAACACUCUAUAGGACACCAGAGGAAAGAACAAACUUCACCUUCCUUUAAACAGAAUUUUUAGUAAAAGACCAGAACACAGUAAUGCCCGAUGGGGUACUCCUGGGAAUUCUUGGUGGGAAGGGCUACCCGGUCUCCAAAUCCUGACCCUACUUCAGACCAAAAAAUGUAAUUUCCCACACCCGUUUUCAGACUAGACCGCUAAAAUCCAUACCGUUUUCAGACCUGGCCUUUCGGCAGAAAUUAUGUUAUCAUUACUUAGAUUAGUGCACGAACAAAAAAUUCUUCAAAUCCAUUUCGAAUUCACACGUUUCUCCUUCUUUCUUACCCACUUGGAAUUGAAACGAUAAAUACGUUCAUACACUCCGACCCGUGGUUCCCUCAAAAACUAUACCCGAUUCCAGACCAAAAUGGGCAAAGUGUACACCCCUUUGCAGACCAAAACGGCGCAAAAACCCUACCCGAUGGGGCGGCACAUACCUACAUAGCUUAUAAAAAGGAGUAAUGCUGAGUGCAGAUCACAAAAAAACACGCAAGUAAUAGCCCUUUCACAUUUGUCACACACAGCCGUUUUGCCGUAUUCCUCUUUCUACCUUGCUGUUGCGUCAAGCCCACUAAUGUUUUAGUGGCGGGAACAAAUCAUCAAAUGUUAGAAGUUUUAUUAUUUUACGAUCAGGACAGGGCUUAACAUCCUUCAGUAAAAAGAAACGCCCAAAUUUGUCUGGUAAGAAAGCGGAAAAUGAACCUUUCCUGGGUUUCUAUAUUUUUAAAAUUAAAACACGUCAAAUCAAAUACAGUCGUCUUGGUAGUGGUCCUCGUCAUCGGAUCGAAAGGUCUCGAAUAGCUGCGCUUAGAGAACAAACUUUCGUGGGUGCGUUAUUCUUUUGGUCCCGUCGAACGUUGGAAGUGACAAACUCACUACUGUUUAAUACCGUUUCAUGUCUUAAAUGAGGGUAACUUCUUUUAACAUGUAUGUUUGCUUUAAUGAUAAUCGCAGCUACAUAUUGGAGAACAAAACCCAGGAGCCAAUGAAUACGAUUUUAAAAGAGCUCUGGAUAUUCUUCAUCUAGCCACAACGGUAGAUACAUCUUCUUUUACUUACAGUACAUUUUUUUUUCGUAUGAAAUGAGAGCUGGUUAACUUAAGUGGUUAAAACUAGACGUUCCUGGUUUUCAUCAGUGUUUUGAUUGUAAUGUUUUCAACAGAGUGGCCGUUAUGGCAUGGAUACUGCAGCGCUCAAGCUUCACAUCUGGUGCAAAGCUCUUCUUAGAGACGAGUAAGAUGAGUGAUUGUCCAAUUGUAGUUGUUUUCGACAACAAGUGACUUUUUAACAACCAAACAGGUCUUUAAAAGGAAAAGUUAAUAUAAAGAAGUCGCAUGAGGUUUGUUUCGUCGACUUCAUGUCAUCAGUCAGGGGCACCCAACGAGGAUAUAGUUCAAAACCACUUAACAUAGCAUUGUUGAACGUAUUUUAGUAUUUAAACGGUAGAUAUAGGCAUAUUUUUAUCCCCUAAAAACUUUUCAUCUGUUCGGAUUUCCUAGCUGAAAGUCUAGUGAUCCGAAAAUUAUAGGGAUCAAAACUUACCUUUUCGAAAAUUUCAGCCGGGAAAAGGCUCCCGAAAAUUCUAGGUGGCCUUUUUUAGGGUAAAUAUCCGUUUAAAAUGAGCAAUUAUAGCAUUUUGUAGAUGUUCGAAAAAUCCCAGGAGAGGCAGGCAAGCAAGAAAUUUUACAACAAAUGUUCCGAAAAUUCUAGUUCUCAAAUCGUCUUCCGAACAGAUAUUUUCCCUGAUCAGUGUCAAAAGUGAAGAAAUUAGAGUGCAAUAUAUGAAUACAGAAAAGGAAUGCGCAUGAAUUCGAGUACACGUAAUGAAAUUCAAGCGGGAAAAUGGAGAAAGUAAUGGACAAUUUAAUUAUAAGUUUCUCUUUGAUGGAGGCCGCCCGAGUGUUUAGUGUCGGUCUUUGUACAAUUGACGUCAGUUCUAUUGCUAUCGGCAAGUUGGUCAACGGUCGCUGGAGAAUUAUCUGGGGAAUUGAAGCUAAUCACCUCAUUUUGUGGAUUUGUCACUGAAAAUGGCUUAUUUCACCUUUCUGACCUUUGAUAUCUUUUGUAUAUCCACAGUUAUUUUAUACUUUCAUUUGACACUCAGUCGCAAUCUCGGCUGAGGUUUUUGUGGGUAAUUGUUUUACAUGAAUGUUUUCUAAUCUAAAUGGUAAACAUAACUGUUUAUGUUUUUGUCUACAGUUGGGGUUCCUUUCCGGCUAAAGAUCCUUUAUUGACUGCCAGGAAUACUGUUUUCUUCAGAACUGUUGAACUUGCUUAUAAUCAAGGUACGUUAUUUUAUGGUGGCGGCUUACUGCCGAUGUCAUUGUGAAGCGUUUAUGACAAUUUUUAAAAUUUGAACAGAAGGACGACUCGCUUAAUACGGACAUUGUCCAUGGUCCACUCAAUGUUCGUUUUGAGUAGGUUUGAAUGUACUUAAUGAGUAUCGCGAUAGCCUCGAGUACGAAACUGGAGAUUUGCUCUUAUAAGGGAGUUUCUUCGCCUACCCAGGGUACCCCGGCCAGUUCCACCGAAAACGGGCCCUACUAAUGCUAGUUCUUUCCUGGCUUUAAAAUAAGUGGCGCGAACAAGCAACUGAUGACUUGCAACCAAAUAUUGGUGUGGAAAUAGUGCCACCCUUACUUGUUGACGUAAAAGUUCAUUCUUACCUUGUACGAAUAACAGGUUUCUGUUGGUUUCAUUUGAUUGCUAAAAUCGUUUCAUUCUUGCAUUUCAAUUGCUCGUUGAGUUGUUUGUUGGUUUGCUGUCUUUGCUUUGAUCCACCACUAAUAAGGAUCAUUUUUUUAUAUAGUUGAUAGGAAUUCAUAUCGAAUAGCUUUUAAAAAUUCUUCUCGUAAUUAUUAUUUAGUGUCGAAUCAUUGUUUAUUAUUAUUAUUAUUAUUAUUAUUAUUAUUAUUAUUAUUAUUAUUAUUAUUAUUAUUAUUAUUAUUAUUAUUAUUAUUUUUAUUAUUAUGAUCAUCAUGAUUAUUAUUUUACUUAUUUUAUUGUUUAUUAUUAUUUUUGCUAACUGUUUCCAGUGUCGCUUGUUUCUAGGUAUAGAGCUGGAAGAAUUUAUGCCUUCUUUGGAGAGUUUGUUCGAAGCAGAGCAACUAAAAGAUGCUGGGCUUUCUGAAAACCCACAGUUUCGUUACCUUCUGAAGUCUGGAUAUGAGCAAAUAAAUAGAGUCGCAGCUGUGGUUAGCAUUUGAGUCGUGCCUUGUCUAGAAGCAGCGUUUAAACAUUGAACUGUAAAAUAAUUACACUCGUACAAAGAGGAAAAUAAGAACGAGAACUUUCAGUACUUGCUUGCUUGCUUGUUUGCUUUACUUUCUUAAAAUUUACCUGCUGUUAGUCAAUAGCUUAUUUACCCAGCACUUGUUUUAUUUUUCUCCUUGAAAAUUUUGUUCAUGUUUUUCGUUAGGCUCGCGUAAAACAAACGCAAAAUGACCCAUGUGCCCCGUCUCAGUCACACCAGGAAAGAAUAGCAAUGACUUACUUUACACGUAGGAGUUAUAUUGUACACUCCAUGUCGGACUGGAAAUGGCAAUGGAUAGUGUUUAUUAUUUCAGCGACAUCUAGGAAGGUUACACCUACGGUGUUCGAGGAG